GCUUCCUUCUUUCCGGAUCAGGCCUCGGCCGAGCAUACAAUGGGUCGUGUAAUCAGAGGUCAAAGAAAAGGUGCCGGGUCUGUAUUCAGGGCCCACGUGAAGCACAGAAAGGGUGCAGCAAAGCUGAGAGCGGUGGACUUUGCUGAAAGGCAUGGCUACAUCAAGGGCAUUGUAAAGGAUAUCAUUCAUGAUCCUGGUCGAGGAGCUCCUCUUGCCAAGGUUGUUUUCCGUGAUCCAUACAGAUUUAAGAAACGAACAGAAUUGUUCAUUGCAGCUGAAGGCAUUCAUACUGGGCAAUUUGUUUAUUGUGGCAAGAAAGCUCAGCUCAACAUUGGCAAUGUGCUGCCUGUUGGUACCAUGCCAGAGGGUACCAUUGUGUGCUGUCUUGAAGAGAAGCCUGGUGAUCGUGGUAAACUAGCCCGUGCUUCAGGAAACUAUGCCACAGUCAUCUCCCACAAUCCUGAAACAAAAAAAACCAGGGUGAAGCUGCCUUCUGGAUCCAAGAAGGUGAUCUCCUCUGCUAACAGAGCAGUUGUUGGUAUCGUUGCUGGUGGUGGCCGUAUUGACAAACCAAUCUUGAAGGCUGGGCGGGCUUACCACAAAUACAAGGCAAAGAGAAACUGCUGGCCUCGUGUCCGUGGUGUGGCCAUGAAUCCUGUUGAACAUCCCUUUGGUGGUGGUAACCACCAGCACAUUGGUAAGCCUUCAACUAUCAGAAGAGAUGCUCCAGCGGGUCGUAAGGUUGGUCUCAUUGCAGCCCGGCGUACUGGCAGACUACGUGGAACAAAGACUGUUCAGGAGAAGGAGAAUUAACUCUUCAGUUCAGUGUAUCCAUAAAGAAAUAAAUGUCACUUUCUGUGGAAGUGAGGUA